AUGAAUAAAGCUGAUGAAUUAAUGAUUCAAUGUUGGAAUCCUGAUCACAAAGGUUGUGUUUAAUAAGUUUGUUUUAAUCUUUUUUGCUAAAAAAGAAGACUAUAGUGUUUAUAAUGCAUCAAAAAUCAAUAACACUCAUCACACCUUUCGGAUCAACAUCAGAUUAAAGACAUGAUGGAUUAUAUAUAAUAGGUUCAACUUAAAUGUGAUGAAAUUGUUUCUAUGCUUAGUUCAUAUGCUCGCCUUAUUGAAGAUGAAUUCACUAAAUUGAAAUAAGGUAUACUCCAGAAAUAUUAAAUGCCAAUUAACAGAUUAAUGUAAUUAAACAAUUCAUAAAUCAAUAUUGCUUUUGAUACUAUGCUCAAAUUUUAAGAAUCCACAAAAGAAAUAAAAUUUAAUAUCGAAAAAUAGAGUAAUGAAUUCAUAAAGGAAUUAAAAAAAAAAUAAACAGAGUUAAAAUUAGAAGAAUUAAACUAACUUUAUGAAGCCGAAUAAUUAUAUUAAUAAGGUAUUCAAAUUAAGCAUUUAAGGUGACAACCUACGAAAAUCUAAUAAAUGUAAUGAAGCUCUCCAAUUGUUAGAUAAAUCAAUAGCUAUAAAUCCAAAUAAUCUACUAGCAUUAGACUGCAAAUGUAUUAAUCAUUAAAAAUUUUAGCUAGUUGUUUAAGAAAGCUUAGUUAAUUCAAGGAAGCGAUAAUUUGGGCUGACAAAGCUUUGUUAUUAGAUCCAAAGCAUUCACAUUCAAUAUAUAUUAAAGGUUUAAAUGAAAAUUAUUUUAGCUCGAUGUUUAUAUUGUCAACAGAAUUACGCUGAAGCAAUUUAAUGGACUGAUGAAGGAUUAGCAAUAGAUCCUGAAUACAAGAACUUUAAUGAUACUAAAGGUCCUUAAUAUCAGAUAUUUUAGUGAAUUGUUUAAUCUCAAUUGAAAAAUACAAUGAAGCAAUGGUUAUAAUCGAUAAAGUUUUAUCCAUCAAAGCAGAAGAUGCAAAGUUUUUAAAAUUAAAGGUUAGUUAGAUUAACUCAUUUUAGGGCUAAUCAUUAAUGAACUUAAAAAAAUAUGAUGAAGCACUCUCUUUUUGUGACAAGGCAUUAAAAUACGAUAGUAGUGAUGAAAUGAUUUACUUUAUAAAAGGUACAUUUUCAAUGAAAAAUUAGCUGAAUGCUUAAAAAAUUAAAAAAAAUAUGAAUAAGCAAUUGUAUGUUAUAAUAAAGCUUUGUAAAUUUAUCCACAAGAUUAAUCAAUAAUAAAUAAGAAAGGUAUUUUAUUAAAUUAAGAGAAGCUGAAUGUUAAAAUCUUUUUCAAAAAAAAGAUAAAUGAGAGUUAAAUUAUAUUUUUAAGAAUAAUUUUUUUUUUAUUUUUAUUUUAAUUUAAUUUACAUUUGAUUUUAUAAUGA